GUCCCCCAGCAGGCGGCCAGGCGGGCCGGGCCGCGGCGCCCCUCGCGCCGGGCGCGCCAUGCAGGGCCCCGGCGGGAACGCGAGCCGCGGCGUGGCGGGCGCGCCGCCUGCCACGGUGGCGUCCGCGGCGGGCCGCUGCGAGAGCGGCGCGCUCAUGCACAGUUUCGGCAUCUUCCUGCAGGGGCUUCUCGGCGUCGUGGCCUUCAGCACGUUGAUGCUCAAACGCUUCCGAGAACCAAAACACGAAAGACGGCCAUGGAGAAUUUGGUUCUUAGACACCUCCAAGCAAGCCAUAGGGAUGCUCUUCAUUCACUUCGCAAACGUGUACCUGGCGGAUCUCACAGAAGAGGACCCUUGCUCACUGUACCUCAUCAACUUCCUCCUGGACGCCACAGUGGGCAUGCUGCUCAUCUACGUGGGGGUACGCGCUGUCAGCGUCCUGGUGGAGUGGCAGCAGUGGGAGUCCCUGCGCUUCGGAGAAUACGGAGACCCUCUGCAGUGCGGAGCCUGGGUGGGCCAGUGUGCGCUCUACAUCGUCAUCAUGGUGUUCGAGAAGUCCAUCGUCUUCAUCGUCCUGCUCAUACUUCAGUGGAAGAAGGUGGCCCUGCUGAACCCCAUCGAGAACCCCGACCUGAAGCUGGCCAUCGUCAUGCUGAUCGUGCCCUUCUUUGUCAACGCUUUCAUGUUCUGGGUCGUGGACAAUUUCCUCAUGAGAAAGGGAAGGACGAAAGCUAAGCUGGAAGAGAGAGGCGCUAGCCAGGACUCGAGGAACGGCAGCCGGGUCCGCUACCGGAGGGCGGCGUCGCACGAGGAGUCGGAGUCUGAGAUCCUGAUCUCCGCCGACGACGAGAUGGAGGAGUCAGACGUGGAGGAGGACCUCCGCAGACUCACGCCCCUGAAGCCCGCCAAGAAGAAGAAGCACCGCUUCGGGCUGCCUGUGUGAGGGCCCCGGCGCCCUCCCCUCUGCCCCUCCUCUUCUACCUCCGCGCCUCUCGCCGACUCUGCCCACUCCCAGCUGCCGUGACUUCGCCAGCACCGUGGGGCGGUGGCUGCAGAGGGCCCCGUUGCACUACGAAUACUGACCAAAUAUGCAAGCGAGCCGUUGUUUGUCGUCCAGUCCCGCUCUGCGUGGCCUGGCGGGGGGCGGGGGAGGGCAGAGCCCCGCCCGGUAUCUGAUGGGGGUCCAGGUGAAGGCACCCGCCGGGGCUCAGGGAGCACGAGGACCAGACACGCUGGGGUCGGAUGUCGCUCGCUCCGCAGUGCUCUCCGGCCCCCCGGGCCUCUGUGCUGACUCCUGAGGCCCGGUUUUCUGAGUGCUCCCUGUGUUCACGCUUUCUCGAGUCCGCAUCCCGGCCCUCUGGGACGAAGGGGCAGAACAUAGAUUUUUAAGUCUUCCAUAAGCUGUUGACUUUUAUAUUUUUAAGUUAUAUUUUCAUACUAUUGUAUUUAAAAACUCUUUUUAAUCCCUCCAAAGACAUGGGUUUCUUUGCCUUUCGUGGGAUGUGAACUGGUAAAGGGAAAAGUCGGGAGUGUUCGAUUUGGAAGACCGUUAGGUCAUGUCCACUCAGAGGAGGUAGAUGAUCCCGGGGGCACGGGGCAGGGGGAGAAAGUGGCUGAUUGGCUGAAACCGCAACCCUGGCACCUGGCCAGGGUUGGCCGAGCGGGAAGGAGCCGGUUCCAACAUGAUCCCGGGCUGGAUAUGGACCAGGGGCACAGGUUUCAGGGAGUCGGCCAGAGUGACCAGGUGGGAGGCCAAGGGGGCUGGUGUCCAAGAAAUCAAGACCCCUUCUGCCCCCAGACCACUCCUGUGUUCCUGCCUCUCUUCAGAGCCUCCAAGUCUGACAUUCCUGUCUCACCCCCAGCCCUAGAGCACCCAAUGCCUCGGGCAUGGUUUGUCCCCUCCUUGUGGGCCUGAAGAAUACCUGACCGAGAGUGCUUAUCACUACAGGGCACUGCCUGGGGGAUGUAUCUUUCCCCCUGCGAGGGGAGCGGCCCCCUCUGUGGCUCUGGGAGAGGCUGACUGGCUGCGGGGCAGGCUGCCCAGGUGCUGGCCCUCCUGUGGGAACAGCAUGGUAUAGCGGCAUGUGUCACCACCCCAAGGCAGUGUGGACACGCAGGAACAGAAGUGGUACCGGCAAGGUGUGGGCUGUGAGACAGGUGCCAGGAAGCCACAACCCCCAGGAAGCUUCUCUUCAGACCACACCCAGGGGCAUGUCCACGUGGCCUCGUGGCUCUGACUGGUGUGGGGACCACGCAGGGAGGAGGCGUCCCCCUGCUGCAGGGAGUGCCUGUCCAGGGCGGGACAAGGGAGCUUAGGGGGCUCUCUCGCCCGUGGGCACCACAGCGCUGAGCAGUCGGAAUCCAAACUGCAGGGUUGACUCUUGUCUGUGGGGGCAUCUGCUGCCAAGAGGCGGGGAACUGAGUCACGGUCGCAUCUUUCUGCUCUCAGCCGUGUUAGUGGGGGGGAGCUGGGGACGGGAGGAGGGUGGCCGGGUAUCACUGGGAAACGGUGUUCCUGGGCGACCGCCCCGGGACACCACCAGCUCCUCCCUUUCUACUUUGGUUUGAGCAACCUGUGCCCACGGCCAUUGCCCUCACCGUUCCGGGGCUGCAAGUUUGAACCUCGUUGCAUCUCUUACUUCCCUCUUGCUCCGGGGCUCCCGGUAUUUCUGCUCUGGGUGAGAGCUAGGCUGUAGGCCUCACGGGAUCCCUUGGUGUUGAGGCCUGAGCCGGCCACAGUGUGCGAUGGCUUCCUCUGCGUCCUGGCUCUCCGGGGUAGUCCUGGAGCAGCGUCUAAGUGGGCUGCGUGGCCCCCGGCUUGGUGGCACGGCCUCCUAGAGGCUGGCCCGCACACGCAUUUACACAUACAUGCACUGCACGUGCCCAGUCACACUUGGCCCCCACAGCCUGCAUCCCUCCGAAAACCCUCCUGCAGCCUCGGGGGUGCCUGGUACAGUACCCUCCAGAGCGGAUGGUGAAGACCGUGGUCAGGGCUUCCUUCCGAGCUGCCCUAACCAUCCCGUCUCGUCUUGUCCCCCCCCCCACCCCAACAUUUUCUCGCCACCUGCUCCGAGGUGCCUUACGAGGGACAGCUGUCCUCCUGACCAUGCAGUGGGCGUCCACGCACUUGAGAAGUCAAGGGACCACCACCACCGCCGCUGCUUGUUGGCUGUCCACUUGGGCGUUGGUCAAGCAUCCCCCCACACACAUCUACGCACACACUCAUCAGGGUCACAGUGCCGUCUGCCUGGUGAGGUGGAAGGUCUCUGAGGGGAGGCAGAUCCUGGCUGCCCGACUGCCUUAGCUGGGCGGGGCGGGCUGGCAGUGAGGAGGCAGUGCCUUCUUGGUCCACGGUCUGAAGACCUACCAGGUGGCCAUCCCGUAGCCUCAGCCACGCAGGUAACCUCCUGCCUGGAACUUAAACUUGGACUUCUCUCUGGCAAUGGGGAGUCAGGGGGUAGUGCUGACCCUCCAGGGAAGUGAGAGAAUGGACCCCUUGGGCGACGGUUCACAUCCUAGGGGUAAUAGUGGUAAUUCCCCUCGUGGGUGUGGUGGAGCUGGACCCUGGAGACGGCCAGCAGCCCCCCGGCCCUCCACACUGUGCACCCCCAAGCAGUUAAAAGAGUGGAUGGUGCUGGCUCAGAGAGGGAGAAGGUUCUCAUGCCCCCCACCCCGGGUGUGGGGCUGUCCAGCUGCAGGACCCUGCUGGCUUGCUGGUACCUGCUUGUGGCCCCAGCACCCGCGUGGGUCGGAGGGAGGGCGGGCGCCAUUUGAUUUCUUGUUUCGUGAAAUGUGUCAGAGAUCAGACCUGUGACGUCUCCCCAGCCUGUCCCCCGUACCCCAGAGGUUGGGGGUCCACGGGGGGCUGGGGGGGCACAUUUCUGAAAUGAAAGGGAAGAGGAUGUACUUAUAUUGUAAAAUGGUUUACAAUAAAAGUCCAGUAUCUGA